AGAAAUAUUAGGAACGGACAUGCGCUCUAGAGAAGUGAGGAAUGAAACGCUGUGAAAUUUAAGUCAUAAAAUAAUUGGAAUGAAACGGCGUCACAGCCUCUCCACAUCACCAACAGGAACUAAUCGGGACUUCAUUAAUAUGGCAUCAGUGAAAAAGCUCUUACAUUGCGUUGCACACAUAUUAUGCGGUUUCAAUAAUAAUAAUCUAUACUAAAAGAACGAUAAAAAUGUGAAUUAGGUUUUAAAAUGUUACAUCUUGAAUAAGAAUAACAAUGGUUCAGAAUGGAUUAAAUCAAAAUGAAGAGAAAAAUAUAUAUGCAAAGGAUUUGGUUUCAUAUACUCUCAAAUUGUGUUGGUAUAAGCGUACAUACACUUCAAAAAGACAGAUGUUGGCAACAAACGGCAAUUUAUUACUUUUAUAUACACAUAUCACAUAGGUGAAACCUUUUUUUCAAAUUUAUUUAUCCGUUAUUAUAUUAGCGGACAAACAAUAUAUUCGAGUAAUUCCUUAAUCGUAGGUCCAUGAAAAAGCAAUUAAAUUUAUUUGGGAAAUAAUUAUAAUCAGCUUGUCACACUUUGAUAAAAUAUUCCUUAAAAAAUAUUGUAUGUGUUUAGCUGUGUAAACUUGAAUGCGCUUUCUUAAGUUUUUGGGGAGUAAUAAAUUAUAAAUUAUUUAAACAUCAACAUGACUUAUUCUUCCCACUAUUUGACACAUUCUAUGCAAGUUAAAACUAACAAAAAAGUUGCAACAUCCCUUACGUGAAGAGGCUUGUGAAUCGCGAAAUUAAAGCUAGUAUAUGAAACCAAAUAGGCUAUUUCAUAUGUGUUUAUUAUAUUGCUCCGCUCUCCGGUUAUUUUUUAUUGAUGAAUUUGCUGAGUGGAUGAAAAAUUAUCGUGUAUAAAGAAAUCGCCCGCAUUUGGUUUAAAAACAAUAAAGUGCUGAUAUACUUAUACUUAGACUUAUAUUUUCACAUGAUGGUUUAUCUUUGAUUAUUUUUUUUCUUACUAACAAAACUUAUUGGAAAAUAUUGACUAACAUAAUAAAAAGUGCAGUAAAUAUCAACAAUACAAAGAUUUAAUUAUCUUUAAGAACCUAUUUAUUACUUAUGGAGAUAAUCAUCACAAGUUCACAGCACGAAUGAGCGUCAAUUAGUGGCAAGGAGAUGUGGUGAAAAAGUCUACAAAAAUUUUGAACUCGAACCAUGGAAGAAGUAAAGGGUCCAAAAAACAAGAAGGAUAGCGUAUUUGUCUCCUAUAUCUAUUGUAGUUGCUCCAUGGCCAUUAACAAAAGACGAACCUAUGAUAAUUGCUUCAAUAAUAUCUGCAACCCAACUAACCAUCUUCAAAUUAAAAAGGAUAAUAAUUUAUGCAAAAACAUAAGUAUUGCCACGAAUUGGCAAUAUGUAUUAGCAUUCCUUUUGUCUUCUGCACUUGUCCUGGGGGCGGCAUCGACACAACAUUCAUCAUCUCCUGACGCCCUUGCAAAAGGUUUUUCAAUACCCACUUUUUUAUCGCCAUUGCCGUCUUUCUCUAUUGCCGAAUUAUCAGAAUAUUCAUCACCAACUACGUCUUCAAAAAUACUUACCUCAAGCAAGAAUACGGAAAACCAAGAUCAACUCAAUAUCGAUGGCUACCAACAAAACAAUCGACGUCCCAACUCUUCGAUGACAACAAAAAACAUUACCGUUCAAUUAGGAAAUCACGCCUAUCUACCAUGCAACAUGCCGCGCAUGUUGAACAAACCAAUUUCAUGGCUUCGUCUUCGCGAUGGACAUAUUCUCUCUGUCGACCAAGCAGCUUUCAUUUCAGAUCGACGCUUUCAAUCUAUUUUUCAUGGACAGAGCAAUAACACUUGCUCACUACAAAUCAAAUAUGUACAGAAAAGCGAUGAAGGCUGGUAUGAAUGCCAAGUGUCGACUGAACCAAAAAUGAGCGCUAAAAUGUAUUUAGGAGUGGUGGUUCCACACACUGAACUUAUUGGUGAUCGAAAUCGCUUCGUGAAGACGGGCAGCAGAGUGGUAUUACAUUGUAUAGUUCGUGAUACGCUUGAGCCACCGGCGUACAUUAUUUGGUUUCGAGACAAAACGCAAAUCACCAAUGAAAAUGAACUGGGUUGGUACACGGAAAUCGAUCGGGCGAUAUUCGGUAAUGUUGACAGCAGUCGAAAUACGAUCGGUUCGUUGAUAAUACCAUAUGUACGAAAGCAGGAUUCGGAUACAUACACCUGUGAGCCGUCGAAUAGUGCGUCCGUUUCCGUCCAACUUCAUGUGCUUAGUGGAGAGUAUUCUGCAUCGGCAAUAAUGUCUGUGGCUAACUCCCACCGGAUUAAUAAAUCAAUUUUCACCUGCCAUUUAUUUUUCCUAUUGUUUCUGGCCAUUAGGAAUGCGUGACUUCAUUGCAAAUCGCCAUGUAUUUACUUCCCCAUAGUUUAUAUCAUUUGUUAAGCUUUACUUAUUUAAGUAUUGAAAUAUGUUAGGUAAGUUAAGCAACUGUAUUUAUAAUAGCAAUCAAUAAUACUAAAGAUUAAGAAAAUUGUGUCCUGAACAGUAUUAAAAAAAUUACAUUUGAAAAAACCAAGGAGAAAAACAAAGUUGUGAAACUUCAAUAAGUAAGCACAACCUAAAUGUAUUAGGGUGAGAGUGGAAUAACUUGUAAUUAAAGAAUAAAUUAUUCGCUAAAAGUCCUAACUGUAUUCAAUGCUAAUGAAGGUCAUAAAUAUGUAGACAAUUAAAACUGUAAUUUUAAAUUAUAAGAAAAUAUACAUAAUAAAAACAUGUCUGUUAUUAAAUGAAAUUUUGCUUUUUAUGCUCUCGCAACAAAGUUGCUAAAGAAAGUAUUAUAGUUUUGUUCACAUAAAGAUUGUUUGUGUCACCCAAUGU